AUGAGAAUUUACCAGUGUCAUUUUUGCUCAUCGCCUGUAUAUCCACUUCACGGAAUCACAUUUGUGCGUAAUGAUGCUAAGGAGUUUAGAUUCUGUCGUUCCAAAUGUCAUAAAGCAUUCAAGCAACGUCGUAAUCCACGUAAGUUGAGAUGGACCAAGGCAUUUAGAAAAGCUGCAGGUAAGGAGUUGGUUGUGGAUUCAACAUUGACUUUUGCUGCUAGAAGAAACGUUCCAGUUAGGUAUAAUAGAGAUCUUGUUGCCACAACUUUGAAGGGUAUGAGUAGAAUCGAGGAGAUUAGACAAAGAAGAGAAAGAGCAUUCUACAAGAAUAGAAUGAGAGGUAACAAGGAGAGAGCUUUGGCAGCAGACAGAAAAUUGGUUGAGGAGAACCCUGAAUUGUUGAGAUUAAGAGAAGUCGAAUUGAGAAGAAAGGCUGAGAAACAAGCUGCUAAGGAAAAUGCCAUGGAGGAGGAAGACGAAGAAGAAGAGGAGGACGAUGUGGAAGAAGAGGACGAGGAAAUGAUGGAUGAAGAUGAGGAGAUGGAGAGCGAAAGCGAAAGUGAAAGUGAAACAGAGGGUAAGAAGAUCAAACAAAAAGUGUUGUUGAAAAACAAGAGAAAGACAAGAAGGUGA